AUGUUGUGGUGGUUUCUGCUUCCCCUGUUUAGCCUCGCUUGGGUUGAGAGCACCGCCAUGCCAGCGACUCCCGAGAUGAAGGUCAAGCAACUUUUUGCCCCGUUAAGUCGUCGUGGCAUACCUAUGUUUCAAGGGUAUACGAGCGGUGGUGCCAAUGAGACCCGCGAGAUGCAGAAAAUCAGGGAAGGCUUUGGGGAUACGGUCUCGGUCAUUGGGACUCUUAUGAAUGAAGUCAAUUUUGAUCUCCGGGAGAAAGUCGCGAAGAAAUAUUUUCCCAUCCAUGGCAACUCUUCGACAGCGAGCUUUGCAGCGUGGAAUAUGCUAGCAAAUAUGGUCUCUGAGAACGUCAUAACACAGAGGAAAAGCCAUGGUCUCGACGGCGAUCUUUCCCCUGCUGUAGGUGAUCUCAGAAUCAUUAAAGAGGGUUCUGAAAAGCACGCCAGAUAUUGCAAAGACACUUCUUGGUCAUGGAUGUGGCCGGGAACAAUCACCUUCUGCGAAUCUUUCUUGAAGGCUAAGCAGCUCCACCAGACUGAUUGUAAUGAUAUUGGCGACAAACUGAAGAUAGCCCCAGCUUGGGCGAAAGCUAAAGAUACGGACAUGAGCAAGGCAGCGGUUAUUAUUCACGGGCUUUCGAUGUAUCCACCAAUCGCCAAACCAAUCCUUGAGAACUUCUCUAUUUGCAAAAAUAGGGAAGUAACAGGGAGAGGGGUUAAUGAGACAGUCGAUAUUGCCACCGGACCAUACGGAGCGCGAGACUUGCUGAAGAAGCCUCAUCCUGAGAAGGCUUUUUGUAAUGGCGACAGUUAUGUGUGGUUUGUUACGGAACUUUACUUGACAUACAAAUGCAAGAGGUCAUUUCAAUAA